AUGAAGUCCACGCCGAAAAGCGACUUGAUGGCGCAGGAUAAGCCACACACAACUCAACGACGACUGCUGUCGAAACAGAUCUCGGACGAGAGCGAACGUCGAGGCGGUGAGGAUAGAAGAUCCAGCGUUGCACCUCCGCAGGUCAUUCAGAAGAUCGAUCUUAACGGCAUCCUGCCAUCACUGCGAUCGCAUUCACCGUCUGCUGCCAGUUCGGGCACUUCGUCACCGAAAUCGAGUGUAAAGGCGCAGACGAAAUUGGCUGCGAGGACGCGGAAAUCGAUACCUAAGCAGACAUCCGCCGACAAGAAGUGGGAGGACGGAGAGGUGGAGGAGGCUUGGGAGAGAACUCUCACAAGAGAGGUUCCUGACCGCCCCCAGGUGAUCCAGAAAAUCGAUCUCAAUGGGGUUCUACCGUCUCUAGUGCCUCGGUUGUCGUCGCGGGACGAGCCAAAUGCAAACCAAACCAAUGAAGUAACUUACAAACACAAGGUGAUGAUCGUUAAUACUGAUUCAAAACCGAUUGGCCAAAAUACCAGAGGAGUGACAAGACACCCAGUGGUCGCUGAAAAGAGGCUGGGAUCUCGCAUGUCUGAGCUUCAAAUUGCCACAGACAAGACCUCCUCGAAGGCAUUCCACGUUGGCAGCGAGUCCCUGUUCGAGAGAGCCUCAAAGUGGCUCGAGGCAACCAACAGCGCUUUUGACAGAAAAUUCCGACCUGCCUCCGCCACCACCACCACCACCCUCUCCACGUCUAACUCCUUCCACCGCGCCAGAAAUGCCUUCAUCAACAAAAACACCCUUGCCGAGCGGAAGAUGGUAUUUACGCGGGUUAAAAAUGGCGGGGAUUUGGAGCAGGCGAUUCCGGGAUUCCGUUGGCGUGUUAUUCCUGGCACCACGACAGCGGCUUACGAACGGAAAGCGAAUGAAGCCUCGUAG